CUUCCUCCUCCAGCUCCGUGUCCGGGGGACUCUCCCUCCACUCCUUUACCACCUCCAGUUCUCCACUCCUCUACUCCUUUACAAAUGGUGGGAAGCCAAGAGAUCCAGCGACGGCAAGGGUUUGUUCCAGCGGCGGCUGGCACGGACGGCUUGGGGAGGGUGGGCAGCCAAGAGAUCCAGCGACGGCAAGGGUUUGUUCCAGCGGCGGCUGGCACGGACGGCUUGGGGAGGGUGGGCAGCCAUGGCGGUGCACCACAACCUGUCACAGACAACGGAAGCGAACCACAUCCUGGUACGGAUGGCGAAGGGGGAAAACAACCGCAGUGCAAGAACAAGAAUGGAAAUCGUCGCAAGAAGCUCACCGAGAGCACCCUCGGCCCCACCAUCAUCAAGGUAAAGCCACUCUUUUGCCCGUGACGUAUUGGCUAUCCCUGCCUCAACUGUCCCUUCUGAGUCGGCUUUUAGCACCGGAGGACGCGUCAUCAGCGAUUAUAGGAGCAGCCUUGCGCCCACUACUGUUGAGGCUUUGAUUUGUCUACAGGAUUGAUUUAAGGCACCGGUAUGUAUUUUUUUCCCUUAAGUUCUUUUCCUUUGGCUCAUGUAAUAUUUUCUUGUGGCUAAUAAAAUUACUCUUACACUUUCAGACGAUAGGAAGAAUGAGUAGGAAUUUGUUUGGAGCUUUCCUUGCAUCAUACCAGGUACCUUAAGUUGCUCUAUCUCUAUUCCCUCUGUUGUUUCUAGAGAAAUAGCUCUUGUCUGUCCUUUGGGCCUGUAUUGGCAA